CGACUCUCACGACUUCGCGUUCCGUACUGCUCUCUGCUGUGACCUCUCUUUGCGACCUUUGUACGACUGUAGCAUCUGACCUACUUGAACUUGCCCUGGACGAUAUUCGAUUAUGGCGGAGAUCGUGAAUGGUCGCUGCCAUGCAGAGCGAGCCCCCCAGAAUACCCCGCCCUUGAUUCAGAACGGAAAACUGGUGCUGCAAGCACAUCAGAUCGGAUGGAUAGUGUCUUCGGCCUUCACUGUCGUGGCAAUGGCAGUCUCAUUCUGGCUUAUCAACAAGCACACCCAGUCGUACCACAAUAAAUACGAACAACGCUACAUUGUCCGGAUCCUGUUCAUGGUGCCGUUGUAUGCGCUCAUCAGCACAGCGUCAUACUUCUGGUGGAACCAUUCGACGCCUUUGCUCCUCAUCCGCGACUGCUACGAGUCCACUGUGUUGACAGCGUUCUUCUAUCUGCUUCUGCUCUACGUGUCCCCCGACGUGAAUGUGCAGAAAGAGAUCUUCCGCAAGAACGGCUUGUCGCGAGAACAUGACAGGCGGAGACGUAAACGGGGCGAGCCUCCGCAGAAGUGGAUGUUGCCGCUUGGUUUCAUGCGCUGGAGACCGGAGGACGGUUUACACUUCCUGCAGAUCAUGAAAUGGGGUGUAUUGCAAUACUGUGUCAUUAGGCCGACGACUACCCUCGCUGCGGUGAUCCUCGACUACGCGGGUUUGUACUGUGAGGACUCCUGGGGCCCCGGCUGGGGUCACAUAUAUAUCACUAUAGUCGUGUCCGUAUCUGUCUCAGUCGCGAUGUACUGCUUGAUCCAAUUGUACAUGGCCGUCAAAGUAGAGCUCGCACCGCAGAAGCCGCUUCUCAAGUUGGUCGCCAUCAAGGCAGUCGUCUUCCUCACGUUCUGGCAGGCAACGUUCCUCUCUGUGCUCACGUUGUUCGGAGUGGUCAAGGACACCCCGUACAUGACCGCCGACAACAUCAACAUCGGCAUAGGUGCUAUCCUCGAGACCGUUGAGAUGGCUUGCUUUGCAGUCCUGCACAUCAAAGCCUUCUCGUACAAGCCCUACUACGACCCGGAGAACCCCACCCCGCGCUGGCGCUCGCUCGUGCACGCGAUGAGCUUCAAGGAGACGGGCCGUGAGAUCUGGGCGGGGCUGGUGUAUAUGGUGCACCGUAGCCGCGGUCGUGAGACAGACCCCCAGGCGCGCCGCGAAGCAGCCCUCGAGGACGUCUUUGGCCGUUCGAGGAUCGCGAUCCGUCGCGAAGCCAACAUGUCCGCCUCCGGCCAGCCGAUGAGGCCGCCUGAGAAGGAGCUCAGCGUUAGCGUGGACGUAGAGAAGGAGGUACAUGUCAACAACGAGCGUCAAUGGCUCGGCGUCGGCGAUGACUACAUCUACGGACUUGGGUACCAGGCGAAGCCGCGCCGGGAGAAGAGCGAUGGGCUGGAAGAGCAGAUCGACAGGGAAUUGGCGAAGCGCGGUUAUACCCUACGGAACAAACACGCAAGCAGCGCACAAUACAGCCCCGUCGUCGAUGCCGAGGCUGCAGGUCACGAGCAACGGCAAACGUCGUGGUGGCGCCGCGUUUACAACCGGCUCUCCCAGUCCGGGCCUGAUGUCGACACGGAGCAGCCUCUGCACAACGGCCCACAUGGCGGUCUUCCCAACGCUCUCCGUCGCCUGUCAACCCGUCGGCGCUCAAAAGACAUACCCACGAGAUUUGGUGCGACUCCGCUCUCACGCGACGUGCAUGAGGACGACUACAACGAUCCGCCACCCCCAUCUGCCAUCCGCACAUACCGCGAGAGCAAGCAGAAGCAGGGUGUCAAGCGCGAGCCUCCUCCCGUUAUGUCCUCGCCUCUGCUUUCCGCGUCGUUCGCGGACGUCCCCAGCCCACUGAGUUCUCCAGACAUGGGAGGUCCCAUUCCGCUCACGCCGCAAUACAGUCCCGCCGCGAUGCAACAUGCAUGGGCGGCGCGACAACAUCUGAUGGUCCCUUCGCCGACUCCCCCGUUACCGACCCCCGCUACGGAGUCAACCCGGGACAGCUUCCUCGAGCGCGCGUUCGCCGCCUCCAUCGAGCCGGCCUCCUCAGCCGAGGUGCUCUCUGCAGCGCCCUCUUCGUCACAGUCGCACCACAACCACGUCAGGCUCGGACCCCACCCCGAGAUCGCGAUGAGGACGAAAGCGCUCCCGCAGGCGCCUCUUGUGCACGAACCCACUGUCGUUGCAGGCCCCUCGAAUCCGCGUUCUGCAGGAUCACUUGCAUCCCCGACGGCCGCACUGGAUGGUCGCUUCCCGCCUGUUCCACCUGCAGACACGUCCUCGCCACCAACGCGACCGUCUCCGCAGCGCAUAGUACCGCCUAUCUGGACGCAGGACGACACUCGUGGCCGAACACGCUCUUCGCGCCGGCACGACUCCGCCCAGUUUUCUCCAGGGUACCCCGGCCAGUUCCCUUCUUCACACUCGCCACCUCAGCUACAGCGCGCCGAGGUCGCGUACUCGCGCGGUGCGCCAAGAAGGAACUCAACGGCGGCACCGCAGUACGUCGCCCCGCCGAAUCGUUUCGUGCCGACGAGAGGAAGGAUCGUGCUGCCCGCGCCUCUGGCGCCCCCAAGCCCUAGUUCUGCGAGGGACUCGUUUGCCUCCUCGCGGUACAGCCCUCCGGGGCUGCCUACUGGCCCGCUUCCGCCAUUGCAGAAUCGACGGUCGACCGCGCCAUAUCCCGGGCCACACAUCGGUUCGCAGAGGUAGCCAUAUCCAAGCCAUCGGCUGAUGCCUCUUUUUCCUACUCUUUUCGUGCUUCCCCCUAUUGCUGAAUUUAUGACCUAUUUAGUACCAGUGUCUGUUGUCCCGCUGUCACGAACUCCUCACGACCUCGCACGUUUCACUCUUACGACCCUCACGACUGGUGUAGUACCCUGGCUCCCAGGACAUCGGAUGUAUUUCUUGCUAUCCAACGCGGCUGUUGUUACUCUGACUACUGUGUGUGCAGGUAAGCGGCAAACAGGCGGCAGUAGGCCGUAUAUCUAAGCAACCGUG